AUGGCGAACGACCGCUUGACUGGUGCUCGAAACAAGCAUUCACGCACCAUUCACCACGGUGGUCGAGAAAAGGUGAAAAAAUACACCCUUGAAGACAUAGAACGGGACUUUUUAGCGAAACAAGAUGCCAUCGGAAAACAAGUGGUACGUGCAGCUCCAGAGGCUAGCAACGAACCCGAAAGUGUCAUCAGUGAAGACACAGCUAUGACGGACGUCUUUGAAGAUUUGGAAGUGGAAAGUAUCUCGCACAUUGUAGGGGAGCAUCGAGAAAAAGAUCCAAUUUUGACAACAGACCAAGCCAUGAACGCCGACGACAUGAUGGAAAUGGAUAGGGCCGAAACGGCCACGCUAGAGGCACCCACGGCUUUCGUGAUUGAUACCAAUUUCAUCAUCUCUCAUCUGGGAAUCUUAGAAGACCUACGUGCACUAAGCAUGCAAUACCAGCACAAGAUAGUGAUUCCUCGAACAGUUGUCCAAGAACUGGACGGGUUAAAAAAUGCAACCGAUCGAGUAGAAAGUAGCCAAUCAUCAUCUCAUGAUGCAUGUACAAUAGGCGCUCUUGCACGCAAGGCAAAUGAUUGGAUAUACACGCAUUUCUCAAACCUGGACUCUGCAGUUGUUGGCCAGCGGCUCAAUCAAAAGCUCGAUUACAGCAGUGAAAAAGAUGACGCGAUUCUUGAUUGUUGCUUGUAUCUUACCAGUAAGCAAAACCUUUUCGUAGUUCUGAUGUCGAACGACAAGAACUUGUGUCUCAAGGCGCUGACGGAAAAAAUACUCACAGUGUCUUACCGCAAAGGCAUGUCAGCCAAGCUAAUUGCUGAAAGAGUCUUCCAUGAGAGACUGUCAAAAAUUAGUUUCAGCGGUGAUUCUAGCAUGGCCCCAGUGCGGCAAGAGAGGCCCAAUCCAACUUACUCGUCUAGAAAACCAUCUGCCCCUCAGCACGAAGCCGAUUGUCCCCUACCUGCAGCAUUAGUGUUCAAAGAAGUUGAAGCAAUUAUGCCAUCGGCCAUUGAUCACAUUAUGCAUGUUGAAUAUGGCGAUGAGCUGGAAUUCACCGAUUAUAAAAGAACUCAGGUCGACAGCCUUUCAGCUUGUUGCCGCUGCAUUGCCAAAUUUUGGAUGUCGGUCUUCGGCAUCUACUUCAAAGGAAGUGGUAUACAAAAAGAAGCCUGGAAAAGCCCAAAACCGUUUUUAGUGAAGAUACCAUCGAGUUCCACGGAAACAGAGCACUUUGUUGAAUUUUGGGUUGCUGCACUUCAAUGCCUUUACAAAGACCGCAGUAUGGAUCAGAAAAAUGCAUUGAGCCUACUAGCGACGAGAUGGACCGGUGUGUGCUGA